AUGACCAGGACAAACGAGCCCACAAGAUGCGUGAAGCAACUGGCCAUUAUGGGCUGGGUGUCGCACGCAGCCGGUGUCCUAUCGGUGGCAGUAGCCCUGGCCACUGAGCACUGGUUACGCCGCCUGUCGAAUGGACAUCAUGUGGGCAUAUUUCCUUGCUGCCCUACGUUUAAAUGUGACACAAAAACCAUCUCUCAUAACGGAAACAUCGGCUCCUUCACUGAUAUUAUCAUUGUUGGACUUCUACUUGUUGGGGUCGGCCUGGUCCUGUCGCUCACCCACUCCUGUGUCUCCUGGAGGAACGACAUGAGGCCAUUGCUAGGCAUGUCCUACGUAGCGUCUGGGUUCGUAAUGGCAGGAG